AUGCUGCCUGUGACGAACUACCGCUUCCGCAAAAGCAUGGGAUGGGAGAUCAAGCCGGCACUGUUGUACCAGGCCUAUGUGCCCACCGUUGUGCGCGACAUCCUGUACGGCUGGGCACGUGGCUUCGUGGCGGUCGCCUUGUCAGCAGUGUGGAAGCCCCAGACCUUCGUGCAGGAGGCCUUCGUGUUCGCCUUCGUGAUCUGGGCCGCGUGCAUCAUCUCGUCGCCCUGCAACGAGUGGCGUGGAUACACUCUGCAGCCCAAGGACAAGAAGCUGUCCUUCGGUGAGUACUUCAAGCCCGUCAACUAUGCCCGUUCCACGGGCAUUGGUGCAACCAUCAUGGGUAUUUCGCUCUUCGUUGGCCGCCUGGUCACCCCCUUCGCGGAGACUGCCUUCGCGUACCUGAAAGGACACCCCGUCGCCGGAGUGGCUGCCCUGGCCAUCCUGGUGGGAGGCUUCAAGCUGAUCUCCGGAGGGGAGGAGGAGGAGAAGACUGAGGAGAAGGCCACCGAGGCGCCAGAGCGCCAAGGCUCCAUGUUCAUCACCAAGUCCCUCACCAACAGCAAGGUGAGUUUUCCCAAAGUCUGGUCAGAAACACUGACCGAUUGUGAGAAGGCUGGAAUGUGGCUGGCAACUUCCGCGCAGCAGCUUCGGCAGCAGGAGGAGCUUAUUGAAUCCUCGACGAGAUGUGUGGCUCGAGCAUAUCACGUGGAGGACGGCCCCGAAGCCCCGGCUCGCGUGGCGGUGUCUGGCCGUCACAGCUCCGGCUUCGCAGCGGCUCUCAGGGCCAUUCGUCACGAGGCCAUUGCAGCCCCAGUGGACUCUUCAGUGCACGGUGCUGAGGAGCUGACUGCACUCUUUGCCGAAGCUCGGAUCCAACUGGCUGUGCUUGCAGAUGCCUCGGCCAGCGAAGCUAGCAAUGUUCAAGAGGCUGCUCGACGCCUCGGUGCCAGCACUGUUUGUGCGAACACUCUCGCCGUCGAAGGAAGCUCAAUGCCAGCGGACGCAAUCUCUGAGGGACUGCCAAAGGGCUCCGAAUCUUCCAUGUUGCUUUUCGCGCAUUGCUCCACGUUGGGGUCGAGUGCACCUAGGGCAGCCGAGGUCGAUGGACUUGCACUCAGUGCCCGUAUCUCCAGGUCCACUGUGGCAUGGGAGUUCUGUGCUGAGGACACGGUCUUGUCCCUGGGGCUCGAAGCCGGAUCCGCUGCAGCAGUCGUGGAUGCCAUGGAGGCACCGCUGGCUUCGGGCGCUCGUGUCGUCUGUUCAGCGGCAGAAUCUGUUUGGGAUCUCUGGUCCGCCAUUGAUGAGGCCAAAGAAGCCUCUGUGGCGUUCGUUGGCUCGGAGUGGUGCUGGAGCCUGGCAAAAAGCUACAGCUCCCUUGCGGCCCCGCUCCGGGAAAGUCUCCGAUCUCGGUUUCGGGAGAAGCCAUUUCGGCACUUUGUGGCUGCCGCGCCUGCGGGAACUGUCCUCUCGCAGGACUUGGCGGCGCGCUGGCGCGAAAUCUUCAACUGCCCGCUGACGUGGCACUUUAGUUGUGCCGAGGUGGUGGCUGCGACGUGGAAGCCUUCGACCGAGGUGGUGCAGCUGCAGCUGCCACCUCAAGGUGCACCUCUUCCGGAGGUACCUGCUUUCCGGUCAUCCGAUGGUGUGCUCAAUUGCACGCUGAGGCUACGACCAGCACGGGUGGUGGGGCCAAACAUCAGCAGGGGACCUAA